UGGUUACUUGUAAAUACUUCGUAGUUGUAAAAUAAACAUGUAAAAAAAAAAAAAAAAUCCUUAAAAGGAUUACGGUGUUGGGGAGAGAAUUUAUGAUCACUGACCAUAAAUUAUUGCAUAAUAAACCAUAUUAAAUUUUAUGGACAGAAGUUUAUAAAAAAAAAUCUCUAACUGUGUUUCCGAUUGUAUUUGUAUGGUUGUACUGAUUACUUUUUGUUGUUUGUCAGCUUUCUCAAGAUCUAAUAAACAGGAGAUCUUAAUAAAUGUUUGUUUUUUUUAUCAAAUGGAAGAUAUGGUUGGCACCUGGAGAUUGGAAUCAAGAGACCCAACAUUUAAUGAUUUUCUGGUGUGUCGGCAAACUAGAUAUUUAUUAAGAACAAUAAUGACCACUUUUUCUGCAGAUUUUGAAUAUUCAUUGUCUGAAGAUAAAUCAUUACUGACAAAAAAAACAAUUUCUUCUUUUAAUACAAACAUGUAUCCAAUGUCAACUGCACAUGAUUUUGUACCUGAAAAAACUUUAUCUGGGAAGCCAGAAAUAGGUCGUAUAUUUGAAACUAGUGGAAGAAAAGUAAUUCAAGAAAUGAGAUAUAAAUCAGAUGAUUCAAUAGCUGCGAUAAUGGAGCAUCAAGUUAUUGACGGAAAAUUACAUGUUAAGCUUAAAUGUGAAAAUGUUGUUUGUAAUGAGAUAUACAGAAGAAUAAAGUAGGGUUAAUUUAAACUUUAAAAAAAAACUAAAAGUUUUAAUAAA